CGUGUCAAAAAUUCUGAAUCCAUCGAAUCCAUCUAACCAAACAGUAAACAAGUUGAAACAAUUUUUUCCAAUUUCAAUAGUACAUUCAAAAAUUAAAAUUCGUAAAUUGGUUAAAAAUGUCCCUUGAUAAAUAGUGUUCUACAAUAUAGCUUCAAUUCACAGUUCCGGUAAUUUCUUAAAUACUAAUCGUGGUAUGUAUCGGGUCAAACGGUACAUAAUGGAUGAAGUUUACGGAUUAAAUCAUGUUUUUAUAGUAGUACAGAUUGAAUGAAAUACCUAGAUAUACUGAAAGUAAAGGAAAUGUUUUCAGUGAUGUGAAUAUACUUUGCAAAGCUCAGAUUUACGAUACCAUAAUAUAAUGGAACAAUUCUCACAUGAUUUGACACUUGCACUUGAGGAAACAUCCCGUUGUGGCGAAACCAAGCAUCGAUGGGGAAUGCGUAGAAGAACACGGUCAACUGGAAAUUUGCCUUGUGCUCCUCAGCCUACCGAGGAUAGUUCCAGUAGCCCAGCCGACCAGUUGGAAAUCAAUACUAGCCAAAAUUCUCCCCAGCUCAGCGGAGCCAAUAAUCACAUUCAGAGCGAUUCUGAUGACCGUCAUGCUUUAGCAUUCGCAUUUCGAUCACGUCAAACCCAUCAUAUGCCAGGAAAUUUUGAAUCGGACUCAUUCAACGAAAACUUCAGUCCAGCGAGACCAAACAUCCGCCGGAAGAGGAAAUUCAAAAGGAUGGCAGUAGGAUAUGAUCCACCUUUGUCGUCGACAUCCGUACCAAACAGUUCCAUAUUUCCCGCGAUAGUUAAAAAACGAGCUUUCAAUCACGAAACACUUAGAAGCAGCCUUUUUUUCUGUGGAAAAAGAAAAAGAGGCCAUCGUGAUCGAUAUUUCGACUAUGAUGCAUACAAACAGCACUCGAGCAGUGUCCCGAGGCAAAGAGAUUUAUUCUCUCCAAAGUCUUCGUCGUACCUCGAGGGAAAACCUCGUAACAGAGCAUCAUCGUUCUCAUCCGGUGUAACACUGAACAGGAGUAUUAUAUCUAAGAUCGAAAAAAUGUCACAAACAUCCGACAAAAAUUUGAAACUUUGUUUCCAGUUCUCGACUCCGCCUAAUAGAAAGGUUGAUGUAAUUGGCGAACCUCUAUUUGAAUCGAACGGCAGUAGAGUUGAUGCAAUGUGCUGUUCGGAUGAAAAUGAGAUCAAUUCUAAAAGCAUGCAAACGUUCCCUACUAAUGUGCCAGAUCAAACAUUGAAAACAAGCGAAAUUACUGAUCCGCCACCGACGGUACAAUCGACUAAACUAAAGACGCAAAGCUUUGAACCUGUCUGUGACGUUCAGAUACGCCGCAUAAAAAGCAAACGCACUUCUAAAUCCCACAAAGUAAAACACUGUCGGAAGCAGGAUAUAAUGCAAAUGCAGUUCGAUGACCGGAUGAGUUGCAAUAUAAGUGAAUUAUUGAGUUCAAGUUCUCUAAGUUCAAGUGAUUCGGAGGCUGUCAAUACGAAUGAGUCUGACCACGAAGGCGACGAUGAACUUACGGAUUGGCCCGGAAAUGAAGGAAUGGUCAAUUUCGCUUCGAAAAAUGAUUUUAAACGAGCAAACAAAACUCGUGUCAUGAAACCAUCGCUUCCUCAAAUAAAACAGCAAGACGAUAUCCAGGAUGAUGACACAUUAAUGUCCACAGAUGAUAAUGUAAUUCGUAAAUUAUCGAGUUACGAAGCCAAUGAUGUGGGAGAACCCUCGCAGCACUCCCAAGGUAGCUUAAAAUAUUCGCCUGGCUCUUCGGAGGAUCUACCAUUAAAUCAGCAAAAAUCAGUGGUUUUAUCCGCGGGAUAUCAACCGACCAACCGGAUUGAUAUUAACACUGAAGAGUCCAACAAUUUCUUUUCGUCUCAAGACAUUUUCACUGAUAUUCGUGAAAUCAGAGCAGGUUGUCGAAGAAUACGCGAUGAAAGGCCUGGAUUUUCUAUUAUUUCCAGUGCGAAUGAACUUUUAGCAAGGUUCCUACAAAAUGACCAAGAACAAGUUCUGACUCUUUUCAAUAUCAACACUACCGAACAUGAUAACCUAUUCGGGUUGUCCAAAUUGUACUCGUUAACAAUGACAGUAGAAAAUGGACGUGUCAUACUGAGCAAAACAAGUAACACAAUGCAAUCAGUACGGGUGGAUCAUACUCAUUUGCCCAAAAGUAUUGCGGAUUUUAAACGUCGUUGUUAUGGGGAUAAUGAUGAUCUCCAUUUAACAAACUUACCUGAAUAAUUCUGCAGGGUCAGAUUUUGUGUAAUGUAAAUAAAUAUUAUCAUAAACGUUUAUAUUAAUUCUAUACAAUGACAUCCCUUUUAUUAUUCAUUCAUAAUUUUGUAUUAUUAAGGGCCGAUGUCCACGUAGCGGUUUUGAACUUGCGUGCACGCGGCGUCCACGCAUUUGCGGCAGGAAGUACCCAACAUCACAUAGAAUCAUGCACACGCACUUGCGUUAACGCGGCGUCGACUCGCGUCUCAUUUGCGGCGAAAGUUACCGCAAAGUCACCGCUUUUCCCCACAGGAACGCAGCGUGCACGCGAGUAGUUUUUGACAUUUCUCUAUUCUUUUUCUUUCCAACAAGAUUUCUAAUGGGAAAAUCUGCAGAAAGAAUCUGUCAGAGCGAAAUCAAAACAAACAAAAAUACUUCGCAAAUCAGUUCAUUUUGGUUUCGCAAAUUAGUUUGCAAAUAACAAAACGUUUCAAAUCUAACUUUUUUAAAUAAUAGUGCUAGUAAUAGUUCGGAGCAGCAAAUGUUUCUUUCGCUCCUAUGUUAAUACCAGCCGUGAUCAGCACACCUUUGGAAAGAAGUGACAAGCAAACAUCCCAGGCUGGCGAAUAGUGUUAAAGUCAACCGAAAUAUGUGUGCGAUAGUGACGUUGAUUGUACCAACUUUAUCAGAAUAAAUUGAUUUCCGAACAGACAGCGAUGUGACAGUUUUGGACUGAAUGACGGAGCAGACGAAAUUCAACCAACAAAGUGUAUUCCGCGGGACCCUACACCAAGGCAGGCGAUACCAGUUCCAUGGGAAGAAUAAUAAAUGAAUGUUGACGGAAGGAUGUCGUCAAACAAUGUGGAUUGCGAUUGCAAAAAGAAACGGGACCACAUGAUGAGAUGGUGGCGAGCCACAGUAAGACUCCGGGAUCUGUGCGACUCUUCUAGUGUUGUGGGGCAACGCUAUUGCGGUCGGUCCGUGUUACA